AUGAAUGGAGACCACAUGGUUCUGGGAUCUUUGGUGACUGACAAGGCCAUCAUCUUGGUUAUCAUUUUAUUCCUUUUGUGCCUGGUAGCAAUAGUGGGCAAUGGCUUUGUCACUGCUGUCCUUGGCAUGGAGUCGGUGCUCCAGAGAAUGUUGUUGCCUUGUGAUAAGUUGUUGGUUAGCUUAGGGGCUUCUCGCCUUUGUCUACAGUGGGUGGUAUUGGGUAAGACCAUUUAUGUUUUCCUGUAUCCGACAGCCUUCCCAUACAACCCUGUACUGCAGUUUCUAGCCAUCCAGUGGGACUUCCUGAAUGCUGCCACGUUGUGGUUCUCUUCCUGCCUUAGUGUCUUCUAUUGUGUGAAAAUUGCAAACUUCACUCACCCUGUCUUCCUCUGGCUAAAGCGCAAGUUGCCUGGGUGGGCACCAUGGAUGCUGUCCGGCUCUUUUGGGCUCUUCAGCUUCAGCACCAUUCUGUUUUCCAUAGGCAACCAGAGAAUACAUCAGAACUAUUUAAGGAACCGUCUAUAACCUUGGAAUGUUACCGGCAACAGCAUAAAGAGCUCCUGUGAGAAAUUCUACCUCUUCCCUCUAAACAUGGUUACCUGGACAGUGCCCACUGCUGUCUUUUUCAUUUGCAUGAUUUUGCUCAUCACCUCUCUGGGAAGACACAUGAAGAAGGCCCUCUUGACCACCUUGGGAUUCCGAGAGCCCUGUUUGCAGACACACAUAAAGGCUCUGCUGGUUCUCAUCUCUCUUGCUGUCCUUUUCAUCUCCUAUUUCCUGUCACUGGUGUUCAGUGCUGCAGGUAUUUUUCUACCUCUGGACUUUAAAUUCUGGAUGUGGCAGUCAGUGAUUUAUCUGUGUGCAGCCGUUUGCCCCAUCAUUUUGCUCUUCAGCAACCCCAGGCUGAGAGCUGUGCUGGAGAGGUGCCGUUCCUCAAGGUAUGGGACAUCUUGA